AUGGCGGCUCCCCAGCCAGUCGAGUCAGCCCCCGCGCGGUCACUUUCUACUUCAAAACCCGCCUGCGACCAGCAGCAAGGCGAAAACGAAAAUCCAUCGAAUAUUUCCGCGACCACAUCCACUCCGCGAGAACCGCAGGAUCGUCCUCAGCCGCUUGCAAAUGUGCCGGAAUCCGAGAAGAAUGAACCGGCGGCCAAGACAGCGUCCAACGGGUUAAUAUCGACCCUGUCCAACGCGGCUCAGGCGCUUCGAGGCCUGACUCUGCAGCGGAACAAAAGCUUCCAGACCACCCAUUUCGGCGACAAGAUCGCGAACCAGUCGGACACGAACUGUGACCAGAACUGUGGCCAGAACUGUGGCCAGAACUGUGGCCAGAACUGUGACCAGAAUCGUGACCACCAUCGAUCCUGUUCCCGCCAAGGGAGCAUCUCUGCCCGCCGGGAAGAAGAGUCAUCACAAGCGACGCGAUCCAGCGCGAAACCCGGCCGACCGAAAGACCCCGCCAUACCACGAACUAAUUCCUCCAGCAAAGCCACCUCGUCCCGCCCACCGCUUCGUCAAACCGCAACCUACAAAUCUGCCAGCGUCGUCCCUACUUUAUCCACCACCAGCUUUCCACCGGAUUCCCGCUCGGUUUCGGGAUUGAAGCGACUGUCCGCAACCAUGGCCGGCCAGGAGACCGCGACCGACCUGUUGCGCCAGGCGAUGAUGCAGAGUAAUCCUCCGAGUUGGCAGCAGCCCGAUGGUGAGAGAGUCAUGAGAGAGGAGAGAGAGCAGCACGAAGCACGAGCAUCUGGAUUUAUCCCGACCACUUCCCCUCCAUUGGAUGGACAUUCCGGACGGGCUAUUCCGGACCAGAGCACGAUGACGGACCGGAACGACAUCAUGACUCCCCGCAUCUUUGAGCAGUUGACUGGCGAUAUUCGCCGCGUCGCACCUUUAGAUGAAAAUGAGGUCAUAUCGAUCCGUGACAUGGUGGGAGACAAGGACAACGACGUCGACAGGACAAGCGCGACACCAACAAUCCGGCGCCAUCACCCGGACGCACUGCGGGAUCGAUCUACGACGCCCCUCCACGAUGCAACCGCAAGAUUGCAAGGCAACAUGAACAAAGUCGUGCAAGCUUACAACGGUGUAACAGUGCAACAGUGCAAGGGUGUUUCUUCCGCGCGAUUGUGGAAAAGGCCCUAUGGAGAUAUGGAUCGGAUGCGGUUCAUGGGGGUGGUCGAGAUCCGAUGA